AGGGUUUUACUGCCAAUUGAAAGAAGACAUGUAGUGGCCAUAUUUCUAUUCCACAGUCACCUCAAGGCUGUGGUGAUCAAUAAACAGUGAUAAAGGUAUAUAGUAAUCAAUGGGUGUAAGAGGAUUGUUAUCCACAUGUUUGAGAAGACAGGAUGAAUGUGUAGAGGAGGUUGACCUUAUUGAAGUCGCAAGAGAGAAAAAUGGAAUUGAGAUUUUAGUGGACUAUUAUGCAUUUCAGCAGUUUCUUAUUUACAAAUUCUGGUAUGGUUUACAACAAUAUCGUAAUAAUGAGUUUUUAAGAAUCUGUGGCGGAGAGUAUGGAACUUUACAGGCUUAUAUUACAAAAUUUGUUAAAGACCUGCAAGCACUUGACAUCACUCUUUCAUUUUAUGUUGAUGGUGCAAAGGGGACUUGUACGGAGACAUCAAGACAAAAAAUUGAUACGUGGAUGAAAAGGCAGUAUGCAGAUGUUGAAAAGUUAAAUCAAAUAAUGGACGUUUGUCGUGGAGUGACAUUUAUUCAAGAUCUGCCAGAAGAUAUAUUAGUACGUCCAGUAUUGCUUGAAAUUGAGAUAUUUCACACGUUAAAACAGCUAGGCUGUUCAAUAAUUCAUGCAAUAGCUGGCGAAGCUGACUAUGUAAUUGCUAAAGCUUUAAAAGAUAGGCCUAAAGCAUAUGCAAUACUAUCUAAUGAUUCUGACUUUUGUAUCUUUAAAGACUCUUGUUUUAUUCCAUUAGAACUAUUUGAUCAAAACCAUGAUAUGAAAUUAGGGUAUCCAGGAGAUUUACCAGAACAGCCCCUAAGACUUAUGGUUGGAGUCAUAAAACCUGCAAAGGUCAUGGAAAUGUUGAAGUUUAAAAAUUAUCAUUUAUUGGUUGAAUUGGCUGUUGUUGCUGGUAACGAUUUUACAGGACCAUUCAUGCAUAAUGGACUUCAGGCACAACUUGAUAUCCGAGGACACCCUAAUAUUCAGACUAUAGCAGGCUGGUUAUGGCAUUAUAAAAGUGCUGAUCAUCAUCCUAUCCUUGAUAAUGCAAUGAGACAUAAUCCUCAGUUUUGUAAUGCUGUACAACACAGUCGGAAUUUCUAUACAUUAUCCUACCCUGAAAAUACAUUGAAACCUCCACAAAAAGGUUACUUCUCACAGCUGAUUGGAGAAAGAAUAGCUAGUGGUACUCUUCCAUCAAACAUCAUGGCUAUGCAUAAUAAUUUUUACUGGCAUCGAAUGUGUCUUGAAGACAACUGUCAGGGAUGGCCUUGUGUUGAAGCCUCAUUGGCAGAAUUGCGAGGUAGAAUUUAUCGCAUAGUUCUUCCCAGGCAGGAAUGUUUGGUUAAUGAACAUGGGAGAAAUCCAUGGGAGCCUUUUAAGUCUGCUGGUAUAAUGGCAUCAGAUGAUCCUGACCUUCCUGUUAUACAUAAAAUACAACAAGAUAAGAUCUUCUGGAACUUGAAACAUUUCCAUCAUGUUAUGUCUCAUCAAGAGGAACCUGGUAAAGAUGUAGUAUGGUUUGACAGAUAUGGUAGAAAGAAUGGUUUUAUAGUGUACUUGCUGAGGUACUUCCUUCUUCAGAACUGGGGUAGAAAUCUUUACAUCAUUGACAAAGAAUUCCUAGCAUUGGCAGCUUUAGCACUGGGUAGACCUAACGAGAAGCACUACCAACAAAUUCCUCUGAGACCAACACCUAGAUGUGUAUCUAUUGGUUCAUGGUUUCAAGAUAUAUACAGACAUGCAUACAGUUUUCUAGGAGAGUUACUGUAUCUGACCCAUGAGUUUCCAUUACCCAGGGAGAUAUACUCAGGAGCUGCUUGGACAGCAUUCUAUACAUGUUGUAAGGACGAAACUUAUUACAUGGGUGUAAACCAGGUACCUAUGAACUUCUUGCUACAGACCCAGGCGGAAAUGAAUAAGAUCACCAAAGAAAAGAGGCACAUGAUAAGAUACAUUGUUGAAGGGGUUUUCCCAUUUGAUGAUAGAUUCUGAAACAAUGCAUUAUUGGAAUUUUCAUUUAGAUGAGAUGAAUAUUUACUAUCUGAAAAAUGUUAUCCCUUUGGUGAUUGGUGCACAGACAGAGCUGGAAAGAGAACAUGAUUUGAGGAGCUUUACUUGAAAACAUUUUAAAGGUGUUUUCUUAAUUGUGAUUUCAACUGAAGAAGAUCAGUUAUAAAAGGAACUUGGUACAGAAAUUAUUAGAUAUUUUCUUUUUAUCUAAAUGGUUCAUCUGUAGUUAAGAAUCAUGUGAAAAAAAUGUUCUAAUACUAUACAAUGUCAUUAACUGGAGAAAGAUUUUCCAUAUGACUACAAUGUCAUUAACCAGAGAAAGAUUUUCCAUAUGACUACAAUGUCAUUAACUGGAGAAAGAUUUUCCAUAUGACUACAAUGUAGUUUUUAUGCUAUAUUUAUAUUUUUUAAAAGCAUGCUUGUUUAUUUUUGUGAAAUUACUAUUCAUUGUAGUAUAUUGUCAGGUCUUCAGUGCAACUCCUUCAAGUCAUAUUAUGUGGCCUGCAUGUUGAAAGAGAGAAAUGUUUAAUAUUUUUUUUGCUUAUAAAAAAUAAAUUUCAUUAGUAUUUUUUUCUUAAACAGAUGUGUACAAGAAAUAUCAUUGAAGAUUAUUUUAAAAAAAAGUUAUUAGAAUAAGAGUGAGUAGAGUUUUAAUCUCCUUAUGUUGUUGCACUUUAAGACGGGAAAGUGCACAAUCAAAUCAUACUAAUUUCUUAUCUCUACUUUAAAGAGUAGAAACAACAUGAUGCAGUUAGUUGACUUUUCUUAUAAAUCAUAUCCAUAUGAUUGUCAAUCAGUUUUUUGCUGGCUUUGAUGUAGAAUUGUUAACUUCUUUAUACAUUGUG